AUGAAGGGUCUCUCUGGCGGCCGCCCUGCCCAGCUCCAGCUCACCUCUCCCACCUCUGCCCACACCUGCGGCCUGGCUGAAUGCGACCAUUCCCUGGACCAUCACCUCCACCAUGGCAACUCACGGCCCCACUCCUACCUCCUCAGCCCCACUGAGAGCUGCCCCCUUGAGAGCCACCAUCGCUGCUCCCCGCGGAGCUCCAUCCACUCUGAGUGUAUGGUGAUGCCGGUGUCCAUGUCGGCCACCGACCACUCCAUUUCUAGUAGCACUUUCCCCCGCAUGCACUACGGCAGCGCUUCACGGGACAGCGGUGGCAACACUUCUGGCGGCAGGGAUUCCCGAGACGACGGCGGUUCAUCCUCGCAUGGUGGCAGCGGCAAAAUGAACCGAAUCCCAGCAAACCUCCUCGACCAAUUUGAGAAGCAGAUGCCGCUGCACCGGGAUGGCUUUCACACACUGCAGUACCAACGCACCUCCACCACAACCACAACUACAGAGCAGCGCAACGAAAGCCCAGGGCGAAUACGCCACUUAGUCCACUCGGUGCAGAAGCUCUUCACAAAGUCGCACUCUCUAGAAGGUUCCUCCAAGAUGAACGGCACCAAAAGCGACUCGCACCGGGACAGCUCACACCACCACCAUCACCAUCACCAAGGUCACCACAAACACAGCAAACGCAGCAAGAGCAAAGAACGUAAAUCCGACGGCAGCGGCAAGCAGCGCUCGGGAGGUUGGUGGAGCUCCGACGACAACCUGGACAGUGACAGCACGUACAGAACGCCCAGCGUCAUGUCACGGCAUCCUGUGGACCACAUCAGCCACUGCUACCCUGAUUCAAUGCACGGCCACCUGGCUGGAGACCUGUCGCUGAAGACCUCCAAGAGCAACAACGAUGUCAAGUGCUCAGCCUGCGAGAGCAUAAGCAUGGCGCCGGAGGGAAAGUUCAUGAAGAGAAGCUCCUGGUCAACGCUAACGGUCAGCCAAGCCAAGGAAGCCUACAGAAAGUCUUCACUCAACCUGGAGAAGCCCAUGACGCCCACCGACCUCAAGCCCAACCUCAGGCCCUGUCACUAUUUACAGGUGCCCCAGGAUGACUGGGGGGGUUACCCCGGCGAUGGGAAGGAUGACGAGAUCCCCUGUCGUCGGAUGCGGAGCAGCAGCUACGUUAAAGCCAUGGGGGACGAGGAGAGCGGAGAGUCGGACUCCAGCCCCAAGACAUCGCCUCAGAAGUUGGUGCGGCCUGACGCCCUGGUCAAGGCCAUCGUCAGACCCAGGGACCUGCUGGACUCCCAGAGCUCUUACCGCCUGGAUAAAAUCAACAGUGACAUGCGUAACUACAUCACCAAUUUUGCUGCAGACUUAAGUCAGAGCUACCACUUGCAAGCCACCAGGGACAUGCACCCAAGCAUUGCCCUGGACCCCUCUGCCAACUACAACUCUCCCAAGUUUCGCUCCAGGAACCAGAGCUAUAUGCGGGCCGUCAGCACCCUCAGCCAGGCUAGCUGUGUUAGCCAAGUGAGCCAGGUGAGUGAAACAGAAAUAAAUGGCCAGUUUGAAUCAGUGUGCGAGUCGGUGUUCAGUGAGGUGGAAUCCCAGGCCAUGGAGGCUUUGGACCUGCCCGGCUGCUUCAGAACCCGGAGUCACAGCUACCUGCGAGCCAUCCAGGCCGGCUACUCCCAAGACGAUGACUGCAUCCCCCCCAUGGCCUCCACUGUCACCUCCACCAUCAGGUCUACCACAGGGAUCCAGUUCUGCCUCCCCUCCACCCGCAGCAUUGACCGGACUCCCCAGCAAACCCCAGCCAUCACCUACACACCCAACUACAAGAAGACCCCUCCUCCGGUCCCGCCCCGCACCACCUCCAAACCCCUCAUCUCCAUCACGGCCCAGAGCAGCACUGAGUCCACCCAGGAUGCGUACCACGAGGGGAGGCACCCUCAUGGUGGGAUGUGGGCCCCCGAUGGCCUCAGCCUGGGGCUGAGUCCCGGCAGUGCCCUCUACAACUCCACCGACAGCCUGGACAGCACCAAGGCUGUGACCAUAGCCAUGGAGGCAGCUGGCGUCAUGGCAGGAAAAAGACACCCGUCCACAGACAGCCACAGUUCAGUGCUCACCUGCGACAAGGCCAUCCUGGUGUCCAAGGCUGAGGAGUACUUGAAGACACCUCGAUCCUCAAUAGGGAUACAGGUGGAAGCGGCCACGGACUCUGAAUCUGAAAGCAAAGGCUCGAGGGAGUACCACUCUGUUGGUAUCCAGGUGGAGGACAACAAGAAAGGACAGGGCAGGUUCAAGCGCUCAAACAGCGUGACUGCAGCUGUGCAGGCAGACAUGGAGUUGGAGGGCUUCCCCAUCAUGGAGGACAAGGGCCUGCAGUUCGGUGGGGGCUUCCAGCGUCACUCGGAGCCCAGCACGCCCACCCAGUACGGGGCGGUGCGAACAGUACGUACCCAGGGGCUCUUCAGCUACCGUGAGGAUUACCGUACCCCCGCUGAACCGCCCAGCCCCAGGGAGACCACCAGCGAGACCACCUGGCAGCUGGAACCCCCCUCCACGCGGGAGAGCACGGUCUCGUCAGGCGAGUCGGGCAGGGCGUCCCCCUCCCUGAGGAGGGACGGGAGCUGGUUCAUGCAACUGCUCCACACAGAGACCAAGAGGAUCGAGGGCUGGUGUAAAGAGAUGGAGGCAGAGGCUGAGGAGAAUGACCUGUCAGAGGAAAUCCUUGGCAAAAUCCGAAGUGCAGUGGGAAGCGCUCAGCUGCUUAUGUCUCAGAAAUUCCAGCAAUUCUACUGGCUAUGUCAGCAAAACCUGGACCCCAGUGCCAUGCCGCGGCCCACCUCUCAGGACCUGGCUGGGUUCUGGGACCUACUGCAGCUCUCCAUCGACGAUGUCACCAUGAAGUUUGACCAGCUGCAGCAGAUCAAGAACAACAACUGGAGGCCCAUAGACAGCCCAGAAAAGAAGCCACCAGCUCCCGUACCAAAGAAGACAAUUCGGCAGAAGAGCAUGAUCACAAGGGAGAAAUCUCUGGACCUCCCAGACAGGCAUCGACAGGAGGCGCGUCGGCGGCUCAUGGCAGCCAAGCGGGCCGCCUCCUUCCGGCAGAACUCAGCCUCGGAGCGGGCAGACAGCAUCGAGAUCUAUAUUCCCGAGGCUCAGACUAGACUUUGA